AAAAUACAUUUUACUGAAUGGAUUUAACAGAAAACAACUAGAGCCACGGACGUGACAUAAAGCUAACUAGCUUAUCUGGACCGUGUGGUUCUGAGGGAGCACCAGUGAUGACCAUGUCGUGCCAGAACUGCGGAUUGGCUCCAUACAACUUUCCUAUGUUUGAUACCAACACCGCAACUAGGAGUAUCCAAUAGAUAAUAUCGGAUCAGACAUUUUUAUUUUGAUGUUCGAUCCUGAAUUUUUGACCAAUAUCGGACAAAUACUGAUCCUGAAUAUCAGACAGAAAAGUCCCUAGCCAGAACCAGAUAGGUGGAGAUGGACAAAAUGGGAGUAGUCACUGUCCCCAGAAGUCAAACCAGCUUUGAGGCCAAGAUGGAGGGACAAUGUCUUUUUUAUAUAUGUUUUAACAUUUAUUUAACAACAGUUUAACAAAGUUUAAGUAAAUGUAAACAUUGUAUAAUCUUCCUGCUUUUACUUGCAAACAAUUACUUUGUUCAUUAGGCUCGAAGUGAAGCCCUAACAUCGUUUGUGGCUCAUGUGGUGAGGAUGAGGUGAGCAUAGAGGAAACCUGCAGGCUCCCUACCUGUCCAAUAUUUACAGAAAACAACCCACAUUAAUUAACAAACACGUAUUUAUCUCACACCCAGCCCGCAGCUCUGUCACUUUACAUCACAUCCAAAUUUGUCACUUGUCAUUUGCAUAGAGGUGUAGUUUAUUUUGCAGGUAGAAAAAGCACAGUCAAAUUAUAGCCAGGUGAUGGAAAAUAGCAAUCAAUGGGAGUGAGUCAGAAAUUUGCAUGAAAAAAAAAGUAUUUUUUUUUUACGCCCACAUUAAUCUUAAUCUUGGGAUAUUGAUAACCUUUGACCUUUCAUAUUAACAGUGACAGAAAUUCAAUGACUGCUCUAUAAGAGCGCUUACAUACUCAGUAGAAAAGGUACAGCUUAGACACUGGAGUUCAAUAUGCACUGAAGAUUUUCCACUCACCACAACCAGUCUAAAAAGAGGCUAAUAGUUUUGUCAAGUGCGAUAUAUAUUAUAUAUAAUAUGUAUAUAUUUGGAAUUAGUGUUAAAUUGUAAGCAUAUGCCCAAUGAAAAAUAGUUAACCCAGAGUUCACAGUAAAUUAUGUCAUUGCAACGAUAUUAAGUUUCAUUCAAAUAUUUUAACAUCAAGCAGAAUACUGCACAGUAAAGGGGAACAUUGCUAAAGACUAGGCUCUCACAGAAAAACUGGGCAGAAAUUCUCAUUUGUAUAUGGAAAAAAAACUCCCACCCUUAACAGCACAACCUAAGAAACUAAACGCUAAAAAAUCUAUAUAAUAGUUAAUACGAAAGCUGAUAUGUAAAAAGACAGGAAAAGCAGACCUAUAUCUGUGCAUAAAGAUCAAAUUCCUGAGUGCCUAGCAGGGAGUCCAUUGUGUUGCUCUAAUGCAGCCUCAUUGACUGUGAUCUGUGUUCAACAGAAGAGGGCCGGCUCAUCACAGGAGCUGACCAAGCAGCCACCGCAUUCUGCGCUGCACCUAGUCACUCUGCUGUUGUUACAGCAGCAGCAACAGCAGCAACAGCAGCAGCAGCAGCAGCAGCAACAGCAGCAGCGCAGUGUGGAGCUGAGGAUCAUGUCAGCAAGGAAGAGACGAGCUUGAAUGCACAAUUAAUUUGUUUUAUAGCCUGAGACCGCACACCUGACGAGCAGGAAAAUCAGCACAGAGAUCAGAGCUGAGAAAUAAUUAGCUCGCAACACCCUUGGUUCACGGGCAUGGAUUCAAAAGACUGAAAUGGGAAAUGGAGACGAGAUGGAAAGUAGUAUGAAGCAAGAAGAUGCAACCCACCAGUGAGUAGGAAACUAAGAAUGGAAAAAAACGUAGGUAAGGGGCGGAGGGAAAGGUACGGUGGGAGGAGGAGUGUGUGCGUUGAAAAGUGCUUUGAGUGUGUGUUUUACUGCUGGUUACCAGGUAGGGAUGGACAAAAUCUCAUGAGAAUGGUUGGGGUGUGACCUAAUUAGUGUCAAAUACAACAACAAAAAAAGUCACUUAGAAACCACUGAAGCUCAGAGUCAAACACCGAUUCUAGCUCAGAGUCCUGCCUCUCUUCUGUUCCUCUCUUUUGUCCAGAAACUACUGGAGGAUUUUGACAAUCAAUUUCAGAAAGUCAUUUACAGCUGAUAGUGUGUUCAUCUGUAGUUGAGGAUGACACAGAUGUAAAGCUCUUGAGCCGUACCUUCUGAAUUCUGGAUGGAAUGUGACGACACAUACGGAGGAGCUGCUCUGGUAAUAGGAUCAGGGAACAGGUAGUGAUGUCAUAGCGUUUCUUCUAUUUAUUUUUUUUUACAGAUUUAAUUGCUUCAGAAGUUUGAUUUUUUUUUUAGCGAUUGCAUCUGGGACAACAAAAUAUUACAAACACGAGAGACCGAUAUAAUCAUAUGGCGGCACAGGUGGCGAGGGUACUUGAUAUCAAUUUUCCUGUGUUGUCACUGCUCCAAAAACGUGUUAUUGUCGAAUGCUUGGGAUAAAACGUAAUACGUCACACAGCAUCAGCACAACUUCUAAAUUGAAACGUGGGGACAAUCAUGCUUGGCUCGCAGUACAAUAGCCCCAGUGUGAGUGAACAUCAAUUCCUAUAAAGCUGGAUGUCUUUUUGAAUGGUGGGAGAGACAGUUGACUGACUGCUGAUACAGACCUGGGGGGGGGGGGUACUCUGAUGCCCCUGACCUCAGUGACUGUUGCCUCUGUUGUAUGUGAUGAAUAAAAGCCUACAUCCUCACCACAUCAUUUGUGUCUUUUAAAACAGGGCCCCGCAGUAGGACACAGUUAAAAAAGUGUACUUCAGUUUUACUAAUUUACUUCUUUCCAAAAGAAUCCAGUCAUAUCCCAUUACUUUUUUCAUUCAAAGAUAAUAAAAGUCUUUCAGCCAAAAACGGGCAAACGAGGGCCAGACUUUAUUUAACUAAUCUUGUUUAUUUAAGCCAUCUGCUGAGUUUGACCAACAUUUGUUUGGAAAAUUUAUGGACGUAUUGUCUCUCUUGUUGACUUUCAGGAGAAAGAAACAUCUGCUGUUCACCAUCCUGGUGUCUGAGGUGCUAAUUUUGGUGGAUGUCUGCAGUAAAUUGAAGGAUAAACACAACUCAGUCUGCCUCUCUAAUCCUCAUAGUCUGACAUAGUCCUGACAAAGAAAGUACUUAAAACAAGGAAUCAUUUCUAUUCUAUUCAAACCAGUGAAUCAAAAUUUCUGUCAAAGGGAAGAAGGAAGGAAAGAAAAGGUAAGAACUCAUGCUGGUGGAUGUGGUAGAUCUGGGUUUUUGAAAACUAACUGAUCUGGAUGUCCUUUUUUUAAGGACUUCCGUUGUGGUGCCACAGCCUGAACGAGUCUGAGUGGGGCUGUAAUGAACAAGCUCAAUGUGACAAAAUGCAGCUUCCUGUUGUGCCUGGGGUUCAGUAUUAUUAUCUGUUCAGUUAUUUACUUGAGGGUGGGGAAAACGACAGACCCCAACAGCAUUGAGCCGUUUGGUUGCAAACCACUUCCCAACCAAUGCCAAGCUUUCUUGUCCAGCACUGACAACGUAGCAGAAUGGUUUCAGGGUAACUGUCAGCUACAAGGAUAUAUUCUCAAUAGUCACCGGAAUUGUUACAAUUUGACCAGAGAGUUACACUUCAUCACCAGACCUUUAAGCCGUGAGGAAGAAGAUUACCCUAUGGCAUUUAUUAUAACUAUUCACAAAGAACUGGAGGUAUUUGUGCGCCUGCUGCGGGCCAUCUACAUGCCACAAAAUGUCUACUGCAUUCAUGUGGACGCCAAGGCUCCAUGGGAGUACCAGGCGGCAGUACAGAAGAUCAUCGGCUGCUUUCAAAACGUCUUCCUCUCCAGUCGCAGUGAGAUCGUUACCUACGCCGGGUUUUCUCGUCUGCAGGCGGACCUGAACUGCCUACGUGACCUGGCGAAGUCCAAAAUCCGCUGGAAGAAAGUGGUCAAUCUGUGUGGCCAGGACUUCCCCAUCAUGAGCAAUCUAGAACUGGUGCAGUACAUGCAAAGCCAAAGGUGGAGGGACAGAAACAUGACCCCUGGGACCAAGCAGCCAGUGUCCAUAAAGCAAAGAACAGAACAGCAACACCUAGAGAUCCCUGGAUCUCAUGUCAAAGCACUGGGCCGAAAGAAAAGUCCUGCGCCACACAACCUGCAGGUUUACUUUGGAACUGCCUACUUUGCCCUGACAAGAGGCUUUGUAGACUUUGUUCUGGAAAGCACAAUAGCUCGCGACCUCUUGGAGUGGUCCAGAGACACAUUUAGUCCAGACGAACACUACUGGGUGACACUGAACCACGUUGAAGAAGCUCCAGGCAGCUAUGUCAAUGGAAAUUGGGAAGGAGACAUCAGGGCAAUCAAAUGGAGUGAUCAAGAGGGAGUGACCCACAACGGAUGCAAAGGACAUUAUGUUCAUAACAUCUGCAUCUAUGGAAUAGGAGACCUGCCCUGGCUGAUUAACAAAAACAGCAUGUUUGCCAAUAAGUUUGAGUCCAACUCAUUUCCCGAGACAGUGGAUUGUCUGGAAGAGUGGCACAGACAAAAGGUGCUGAGUCAGUCAUCUGUGCCAGUGGAACCACCAUGGCUGCUAGUUACAAAGAGCAACUCAAGUAGCAGCAGCUAAGUCACUGGUCAAGAAUGAAUCUGUUGUUCAAAUUCGACUAAAAGCACAGAUAUAGUUUAGCUUGUUAAAAAAACCAUUCAAGGAUUAGGUCUGUACUUUGACUGUUGUCUAAAUGUGUAGUGUAAAACUGUGUACUGUAUGAGCCAGAGAUGUGUGUAUACAAGAUUACCAAGAAAGCUUGAAGUAACAAAGGCUAGCUGUAUGUCAGACCUAGACUUUCAACAGUAUUGAAUUAAAUACUGUGACUUAUUUUUAAUAUUUUUGUAUUUAUUUAAUAUUGCUGUUCUGUUGCUGUCAACUUUUGGUUAACUUAUUAUUGUGGUUUAAUUGUAGUUUUUAAUAAAUUACUCAGCUGCACCCCACAAGUUUGGAACUUAUUUUGAUUUUUUUAAAAGACUUUCUAAAAAGUACAACAACAAUACAACAAUAACAAAAAAAGUAAAAGGAGACAGAGAGGGAAAAACAGGAUAAGAAGA